AUGUAAAAAGCUUAUAUUUUUCCAAAAUUUGAGUUCAAUCUCAAAUCUACUUUAGAAACUAAAUAAAAUAAAGAGCUUAAAUAAUAAUAAGACAAUAACCAAUAAUAAGAAAUACCAAUAAGUUAAUUGAUUUUGGAACAAAAAAAAGAUGUUGAAGCAUUUCUGUAAAAGGAUAUAAAAGAUAAAAGUGGUAUUCACAAAAUAAUUAAAUAAAUUGUAACCUUAAGAAAUAAAAUUAUAGUUAAUUUUGCUUCUUAAUAGAAUAGCUAAGAAUAUUCAGCUUUAAUUUUAUAAACUUAACUCUAUAAUUCAUUUUUUAAAUUAAAUUUGUCCUCUUAGUAAGAUAUUGAAUAAUGCAAGAUGGAUAUAUUGGAGUUAUACAAAUAAUUUGAGUAAUUAAAUUCUAUUUAAUAUUAGAAUCCAAAAGAUCAAACUUUAACAUAAAAUGAUAUUAAAUAUAAGAAUACAUAAGAUCAAAUUUAGAAUGAAAGUAAUGAAUAGAAUGAAUAUUUAACACCUAUUUCAAAAAAUAUAAACUAAUUGA